AUAUCAUUACACAACUUAAGAUCUAUAUAUCUUACUUGUUAAUGUAUAAUCUAAUCAGUUUGUAUUUUUGCCUCGAGGAAUAAACUCCAGAGCAAUGGAAGCUAAAAUGAAGAAAGUGGUAGCAGUGGUAACAGGUGGUAGCUCUGGGGUGGGAAAAUCUAUCGUCGAGCGGAUAAUUCGGAAUGAAGGAAGAGUUAUAGUGAUUGACAUUGAUGAGGAAAAAGGCCAAGCUGUUGCUAAAUCUUUGGGAAGUAAUGUAGUGUUUGUAAAAGCAGAUGUUACAUCCGAAAAGGAAGUAAAAGAAGCGCUUGCAAUUGCAAAGGAUAAAUUUUUGAGGAUAAAUGUCCUGAUAAAUUGCGCCGGAAUUGUAAAAUGGGGCGCCCCGUACGAUUUCCAGAGAAAUGCGGCCUUGUCAAUAGAGAGCUUCCAAAAGGUGAUGGACGUAAAUGCUCUGGGGACUUUCAAUGUCACGCGUUUGGUCGCGGGGCUCAUGGGGGAAAACGAACCUGACGAGAAUGGGGAACGAGGUAUGAUAAUUAACAUCGGGAGCGUGCUGGCAGCCGACGGCAACGUUGAUUUCUUCGCUUACUCUGUCAGUAAGGCCACGGUUGUCGGAAUGACAAUACCUCUUGCACGGGCCUUUGCUGAUAAGGCCAUCAGAGUGGUGGCAGUUUCUCCAGGGUAUCUUGAUACACCCAUGACACGAAAUGAAUUUCCUAUCGAAAAAUUAAACGAAGCAAUGCUAAAGUUAAACUUAUUUCCAAAGCGACUUGGCCAGCCGGAAGAAAUCGCUCACCUGAUCCAGUGCGUAAUUGAAAAUCCGUUUAUCAACGCCGUUAAUCUAACAAUCAGCGGUGGAUUUCAUAAUACCAACUAGAGCUCAUAAAUAUAAAAAGCAUCGCUCGUCAUGUUAAGUGUAGUUCAAGCUUAUAUACUUAAAGUGACAAAUGGUAUUUGUGUACAGUAUAUUGCAAGAUUGCAGGACGGAUCAAUUAUAGUGUUGUGAUACGCACGUACCGAAAGGUUCAUUUCGUAGGGAAGGAAAAUUUACGAUAUUUUACAGCCACUUGGAACUGGAAAUCCAGUUUGAUGUUGAACAAAUUUAUCUGUAUGAGUGAAAUAUGAGUCCGACAUGACGUUUAUAUUAAACAUAAUCAUCAGUAGCAUCAACCACGACAGCUGGGGCAGGACCUUUAAAAAUACUUACCCUAAACUAUAAUAUAUAUUUGAAUGAAAAUUUAUUUUUUU